AUGGACGGACUUAACGCAUCGGAACAGCGCGAGUUCUCCGCUCGCAUGGAGCGCAAGCAGCUCAAGGAGUUUAUGACCAUGUACUCCAAGAUGGUCCAGCGCUGCUUCGACGACUGUGUCAACGACUUCACCACCAAGUCCCUCAUCAACCGCGAGGAGACCUGCAUCAUGCGUUGCGUCGACAAGAACCUCAAGAGCUCUGCCCGUCUCAACGAGCGAUUCCAGGAGCAGAACGCUGCCAUGAUGCAGUCCGGAUCUAUGCAGCGUUAA